AAUGGAUGAUACUCCGACGAAGGAUGAGGCAUCCCAACCUCAAGAAGAGGACGUCGCAAUGGAUGAUGCUGCGGCGAACAUUCAAGCAUCGUUUUACGACCUAAUGCAGAUCCCGAAUGUGUCGUCCGUGAUAAAAGAAGUGCUCGACGUGUCGUUUUAUGUGCGGGAUGAAUACCGUGAACUCGAUGCAUUCGUGGAGGAGCAGAGACAAUCAGACGUCGCUAGGCGCAGUCGCCGCACGCCAAUUUUACUUAUUGGACAACCUGGAAUAGGCCUCACUGUCUACUUGACAUACUGUCUCGUCAACCGGCUCGCAGAAGGAAAGCCCACCGUGCUUUCCAAGUCGCGUUCAAUGCGUUUCGCGUUUCUCAGCUCUGGCGUUUACCAUAUUCCAUCCAAUUCCUUCGAUGAUUGGGAUAAUCCCGAGGUCUCCGCAGCUGGAAGCGGCGAUUAUGGCCUUAGUCUCUUCGAUCUCAGUUUGGGUGAGGGUGUCAACACUCUGGUGUCGCGAUGGAGAACCUUGGUAGCAUCGUCGCCCGAGCCACGAAAAGUGGAUAAAUGGGUAAAGGAAAAUCAUGUGAAGAAGUUUUACAUGAAAACAUGGAGUUGGCAAGAAGUCUAUGUUUCUCGCAAUUAUGCCAUGGAGCAGAGGACUGAAGACAAUGAUUGGUGUAUUGCGUUCAUGAGGUAUGGGGGUUCGGCAAGGUAUCUACUGGAUCGUACGCAACGGGAGGUAGAUCGCGCCCUUGACUCAGCCAUCAAAGACUGCACCCCAACUGACCUUUUCCAACAAGUGGUGACACAUCUACCCGAGGAAUACAGCCACCGUCUGGUAGAAAUCAAUCCCCUCCGAGAUGCAGAAGGUUUGGACCGAUCGAGCUCAUGCACGCAGAUCAUUUCCCAAUAUAUCUUCACCAAGCUCAUGGAGAAGAAGGGAUUGGAAUUGGUCAAUGCUUCAGCCCAAUACUUCUACAAUUGUAUGAAGGAGCCCUCUACAGCCUCCACGGCUGGUCUGAUGUUCGAAGCCGUUGGGCAUGUCUAUGUUGUCAAACGCGCUAGAGGUACCCUUUGCAUACGAGCACUCGAAGAUGGCAGUGAACAGCAACUGCAUUUGGAACACAUCGACCCCAGGGUGGAGGUAUUCUCCCGUUUUCCAUUUGAUAAGGUCCAUCAUCCGGAUGCAACCAAGUACUACCGACCGGUUUCUGGCAACCUCACUGGCAUCGACUCGUUUGCUUUCGAAAGGGAUGAGAAUCACACCAUCACCAGUGUUGUCCUGUUUCAGUAUACGAUCUCUACCCGGCAUUCAGUCAAGAUGGGAUUCCUCAAACAGCUUUGGGACGCGCUGAAGAAUGAACACUGGGGGGUGUGGCAAUGGAAGCUUGUAUUUGUCAUCCCAAAGGAUGAGGACCGGAAAGCGUUUAGGAAAAAAAUGCCCACUAAGCCCUUGAUGACAGCGGUAUCUCAAUUUGCGCUGGAAAUUGAUCUGGAGGAUAUGUGGGAGACAAUGCGCAGUUCACACUGAAUGAACAGGGCCACUUUUAUCUGCUCAAUUCAUGGGACUUUUAUCUUUUCCACCCUGUUGAUAUUGACCUUUGUAACACUUGAAGCAUGUAAUGCUAAUUAUGCUGCACUGCAGAGUCACUCCCGUGGC